AUGUCAGAGUGGCCUAACUCCGAUAAUCCUUUCAUUGACUCUGAAAGUCUUUAUACCACAAGCUUCAAGCCUUUGCCGUUGCCGGACGAUUUUCUUGGGUUCAAUGGAGUCAUUGAACCGUCUAUUUCUCCUUCAGUGACACUUAAGAGUCAGCACCAGCUAGCACAACUAACACAACCAGAACAACUAGUUCAAUCAGCACAAUCAACACAGCAAGAACAACAUCAGAAUGAACAAGGUGAUGACCUCGAAUCGAUUCUCUUUGAUCUAGGCAUUUCCGAUGCCUACGAGACUUCACAAAAUCCUUCUUCAGAGACGCUUCCCUCAACUUCUUCGUCAACGAACGACCAUGGAUUUAGCAAGUCACAUACAAGAAAGAUCAGUGGUUCUGGAAUAUUUGGGUUUGUUGGUACAGGAUCUGAAACUCAGUUAAGUAUUCCUGGCCUGUACCCCGAAUCUAUUCCCAUAGAAAACAAGAAACCUGUCUACCGAAACGUGGAAAGGUUUGAUAACUUGGACUUUACCAAAAGUCACAUGGACCCAUCGCUGUCUGAAAAGCCAGUGGUAGAUGAGAUGAGUGGUCCUGAUUACUUCUUUACGGGUGAUCCCAAUGGGAAAUUCAAGUUCCCUCGAUCUCCAAUGUCAGUUACUCCACCUGCUUCUUUCCAUCCUGUUACUGCUACUUACUCUGCGCAGGAUUUGCAGACUUUGAGGCAUUAUCACUCAAAUUUGGAAGGUUACAGUGCCCGGAAGGCUGCUACGGCUCCCGAUUUGUUAGUUCUACAAUCUUCUCCUACUAAAGAAGUCAACAGUGUUGAGGACAUCGAGAGGCUGAUGAACGGUAGAGAAGUCAAAUUGCUACCAAGAAAUCAAAGACCACAGCCGCAACAGUCUCUUCUUCCGGAAGUUCAUCUACCACCUCCACCUCCACCUUCAGUCUCCCCCCAAAGGAACAACUCCUUUGGCGAUGAAACCACGUUUUCAAGCCGUUCUAACUUUUCAACCCCACUUAAAGUUAAGAACACAUUUAUGGAUAUGAAGACUCCAAGCCCUCAGAAACCACCCAAAACCCUCAACUGGAUUCCUACCCUGAUCACUAAGAAGAACAAUUUCUCAGAAAAAAUACUUAAAGAGCAAGCUAGAUCUCCUACGAGGAAGAAAAGACCAACUAUCAAGUCUACUCUUGCAACGGGCACUCUCGAUAAGUACUUUGUGGGUCCCGACGAUGAAAAAAUGUACACCUGCAAGUACGAAGGCUGCAACAAAACUUUCACAAGAAUCUCCAACAUCCGUGCUCACAUUCAAACACAUCUUUCUGAUAGACCAUUUGUCUGUCCGGUAUGUAAAAAAGCCUUCGUCAGAAAUCAUGAUUUGAGAAGACACUACAAGGGACAUCUGGAAUACCAAUAUGUGUGUCCAUGUGGAAAGAAAUUCCCAAGACAGGAUGCUCUAAAAAGGCAUAGAAUUCGAAAUAUCUGUAAAGGUGGUAUCUCAGACGAGAAGGGUGUGCUGAAGAGAAAGAGGAGCAAAGCCAAGAAAAAUUCAUCAACUUCCCACUUGACCUCUUCUUCGGCCUCCAGUAAACUCAUCUCCAGGAUCGACAGCCAGAUAAGUAGCAAACCUGUUCAAGAAGUUGUGAGAUCUGUUCACCAGUGGCCCGAAAAGACCACGUUGCCGACGAUAUUUGCAGACGCUAGUCCUGUUCAAGGACUUACUAUGAAUAUGUUUGCAGCCCAAGAUCCUUCCCAUACUGGAAACGUUUGUUCUGAGCAGGAUUCUUUUGAUCCGGCUAACAUGAUGCUCGAAAAUGGCAUCGAUAUAUCUAUGGACUACUCAUUCGGGCUAGAGGAUAUAACAACCAGCUAG